UAGAGUGUGAAUUAGGGUUUUCUCAUGUACUGUUGACUUGUAAGCUAGCCAUACCCACUUGUUAAGCGAUCAGAUGGUUUGUCAUGCACACCAGCUGAACCACACCAGUGGGAAGCCACCACGAGGGCCCGAACCCAGGGCCUUGUUCACACUGGCCAAGUGCUGUACGCUGAACUCCACACCUGACCUGAAGUGAGAACCCUUUGCAAGCCUCCCUGACACUUCCAGCCGCUGGCCGCUGGCUUUGGCACACAACAGCAGGUUCCCUAGAUUCUAGGCACAGUUUCUGUAAGUCUGAGAUGAGGUCUGAGGACACUCCCAGUGUCUGGUGGUUUGUGGACGUUCAAGUAAGGAAGAGAUCGUGUCCUCCUUUUUUAUUCCCCUCUUUGUGAUGCUGAGGCUUGAACUUGGUGCCAGUGCUCUGUCCCCAGGCUACACCCCAACCCUCCAGUUCCUUUUACUCCAGUAAAAAGGCCUAUCCCUUGCUUGUGCAUGGGUUAUUGAGGUUGAGUAGUCCAGAGGGGGUAUGUCAGCCUGGAGCUGUCAGACUGUGUGCUUGGUCAGUACUUACUGUGUUCUGAGCCCCUUGCUGUGUGGUAGAAGCCACAUGUGUGGCUUUCUGCUGUUUCCGUUUAUAUGCACAGGCGGAUGCCUUUCCCUCCGUAGAUAACAGAUUGCUCUCUGGCUGUCCUUCCCAUCAGUCCUCCCGCCCCUCAUCCCUCCACACGCUACUUGCUUUUCAAAAAGAUUUCUAUCGUCUCAUAACAUUUCGCUGGUGAGAUUGCACUGUCUUUAUUUCCUCACUGCUCUUUUUGUUCCUAUUCAUUUGAUUUUACAGUCUCCUGCCAUCAGGAAACACUGCAGCGUUAUAAAACACCCAAACGAUGGUGCCUUCACAUGCUUCUCCACAUGCUUCUGUGUGCAAACAGUGUCUUUUGACCUCCUUGGAGGUUGGUUUGGUCUGUUCCCUGUGACUUUCCAGUGAGUUUUUUCCUGGCUGUCUUCCACCAAGGUGUUUGCUUCAGAAUGUACACAGAAGGAGAAGCUAAGAAAAUAGGAGUGGUUGGCUGGGUGAAGAACACAAGCAAGGGCACCGUGACGGGCCAAGUGCAGGGUCCCGAAGAAAAGGUGGAUUCCAUGAAGGCCUGGCUAAGCAAGGUUGGGAGUCCCAGUUCUCGCAUCGACCGGGCAGACUUUUCUAAUGAAAAAACCAUCUCUAAACUAGACUACUCUAACUUUAGUAUUCACUACUAAUGGGAGAAAAAUAACAAUUGUAAUGCCUACAUUGCAGAAAAUAAAACAUAUUCUUAAAUUCGUAGCAGUAGGAUUAAAAAUGGGAACUUUCUGUCCUGGAAACCUCAGAAUUAUAUGUUACUAAAAUGUGUGAAACUGAAAAAAAAUGUUACCCACCUAUGUUUUUAGCAAGCAGAAGCCAAGUAUUAUAAAAUAACACGUUGCUGUAAAAUAUCUGCUAUGAUGAUUCAAGUGAAAUUUUGUCUUAUGGAGGGAGUCACUAAUUUCAGAAAACAUUGUAAUGUGUACAUGUUAUUCAGCUAGAGAUAAAAUGAGGUUAACUAUCUAAAAUUAUGUUUAGAUACUGUUGCCUAAUAAGGUGAAUUUUAAUGUUAUCUGAAAAUAAUUUACUACUAAAGUUGAGUAAUCUGUAUUGUUAUUGAAGUCUUAGAAUGGUUAAAAUAAAUUUGUGUGAUGAUCACUGUAACCAGAAAGUAGCAGCAAUAAAGAGUUAGUGUGUAAAAUUCUUGUGAAAUCCAGGCCUGAUUCGGAACUAAGCUGGAGCUACUUGGUGUGUUCAUCGUCACUGUUCUGUGGAGUGGAGAGGCAGGCUGGGUGACAACAGCUAGAAGACCCUGCUUCGGUCUAGGGAGCUUCAAGAUUCGUAUCUGCUUCCUUCAGCUGCAAUCCUUUGACUAAAAACACUGAGAAUCUAAAUGAGUCACCUAAACUUGGACUAUCACUUGGAGUCUUCAAAUGAUAAUCAGCCAACAUAAUGUUUGAAGGAGGGGAUUAGUUUCUAUACCAUGGAAUUAUAAUAUUGAAUAGGAAAGACCUUUAAUAGAAAAUAGUAUUUCAAAUGUGCACAUAAUAAAUAUGUUCUUCAAUGA